AUGCCACUAUUAUCUCUCUUAGUUCUCUUCCUCUCCUUCUCGGCUUCGUCAGAAGGUCAGACACUCUGCAGCGACAAUAAUGGCGGCAUGUACAUGCCAAACAGCACCUACAAAUCCAACCUUGUAUCCCUCGCUGAACUACUGUUUGCCAAAGCCACAGAGGAGCACUCAGCUACUGGCACGGCUGGCAUAGGACCAGACAAGGUCUAUGGUGCAGUGCUUUGUCGGGGUGAUUCUGACGGCUCCGACUGUCGGAAGCGCCUAACCAGGGCCCUUGAUGAAGCAAUCAACAGCAAAGCUGGCAACUCUUACUCCCUCCAGAGUAACAACGUGACCUACUACGACGACCAAUACCAGGCACAGAUAAGCUUCUCUGACCAGGACUUCCUUUCCAACUUCAGCAACAUGCCCGGGUGCACCGUGAAUACUAACCUGAACUCCGUGACGGCCACUGGAGUAGCCAAGCGUUAUGAAGACCUUGUCAACAAGCUGAUACAUGCGCUUGCUGAUGCUGUGGUGAGCCGAGCAGAAAAAUAUGCAGUCAGGAAAGUGAGGUCUGAGGAGACAGGACAGAUGGUGUAUGGGCUGGCGCAGUGCAUACGGGAUAUGCCAUAUGAGAGUUGUGCGCCAUGCCUGGAUCGCAUAAUCUCUGACAUGCAGAGUAAGAUCAUUGCUGGCCAGAUAGGGGCAGCAUUUCUUGGGGUGUGGUGCACAUUGCGUUAUGAGACGGACACACAGUUCUUUACUGAUACCAAGAUGCUGUCACUCGAUGCGCUCCCAAGAAGUAAAACACACUUUUUUCGAUGGAACAAUGCAGUCUUGGUUGGCGUUGGAGGUUUCCUGCUAGUAAUAUCAAUUUCUUGCUUGGUUUUUCAUAUAUGGGUCAAAACACAACGACCAAGAGAACAAACAAUAUUUAAACUAGGACGGCUGUAUUUGUCAAUACAAAUUGCAAUAAAUCUUUGGAGGAUGGGAGGAGCCAACACAGAAUUUUCAGUUUAUGAUUUCUCCAAGAUAAAAGAAGCUACAAAUAACUUCUCGAUUGGUAACAAACUGGGACAAGGUGGCUUUGGUCCUGUAUAUAAGGGCCGAUUAAGAAAUGGACACAAAAUAGCAGUCAAGAUACUGCAAACAUCUUCUUUGCAAGGUUUACUGGAAUUCCAAAACGAAAUUCAACUCAUAGCAAAGGUUCAACACAAAAAUCUCGUGAAACUGCUGGGAUGUUGCACUCAAGGAGAUCGAGAAAAAAUGCUAGUAUAUGAAUAUAUGGAAAACAAAAGCCUAGACAACUUCAUCUUUGAUAUCAUUAAAGGAAGGCGAUUAAACUGGUCAAAACGUUUGCGCAUAAUUGAUGGGACAGCUCAAGGUCUUCUUUAUCUUCACAACUACUCACGAAUAUGCAUUGUUCUUAGGGAUUUCAAAGCAAGUAACAUUCUCUUGGAUAGUGUCAUGAAUCCAAAAGUAUCUGAUUUCGGAGUGGCCAGAAUAUUCUGCUCAAAUAUGGCAGAAUCAAAUACCACCAGAAUAGUGGGCACACAUGGCUAUAUACCUCCGGAGUAUGCUUUUGAGGGGGUUUGCUCGACCAAGACAGAUGUAUUUAGCUUUGGCGUAUUGAUUUUGGAGAUAAUAAGUGGAAAGAAGACAGCCCAGUUCUAUCAAUACAAUGGGAAACUAUACAAUCUCAUUGCAUACGCCUGGCAACUUUGGAUAGAUGAAAAGUGGAGUGAGAUGACUUAUUGUCCACCAGAGAACGAAAAUCAAGAGAUAGAGAGGUGCGUUCAUGUGGCACUUUUAUGUGUUCAAGAAAGUGCAGAGGAUCGACCAGCUAUGGAGCGUGUUGUCAUGAUGCUAAACACCAAGAACAUGAGCUUACCUCCACCUAAGCAACCACCUUACUUCCAUGUAAAUCCAAGUGAGGAAGAAGUUUCAUCAUGCAACAUUACUAUAAGCAUCACAUUAGAGAGGUAG